UAAGGGUCACUGCACUGCUAGUGCUAAGGUCAUAUACUCAAGCACAGAUAAACACCAUGGAAGGAUCUAAAGUUGCAAAGCGACCUCAGAACAAGCUACUGAAGCGACUAUUAGCUCAGCCUAAGCUACCAACAGCCAAAAAACCACCUCGGAAGCCAAUUGAAGAUCCAGCCAUCACAGAAAGGAGAAAACGUGAGACAGAGUUCAUCAACCUUCACAGCAAAGUGGUCCAUGAUGACGAAUAUCUGGCUAGUAACCUCAACCUAACAGAGUGCAAGACUGAGGAGCCUGAGAGAUGCUUACUGGUCAUCACUAACAAAACACUAUGCUCCAGUGGAAAGUUUCAUCUAGUGUCAAGAUACAGGCUGGUUCUCUCUGGUGAUGGCAGCUACUUCAUUCAAGCUUUCCAUCGAACUAUUGAAGAGGGGACAGUUGCAACACCUUCAUCAUUUCAGCAACUCUGUGAGAAAAUUGCCGACCAAGAAAACUAUAAAAUGUGUCCAGGACUACCAAUGGAAGAGUACAAUGAAUACUCUAAAGUGAUCAAUCACGAUGAGACGAGAGUGCUGAGUGUGGAUGCACCAGUCCCACACGUUGAGUCCCCCAAAUGUCAUCACCUCCACAUAGGCACACGCCACAUGGCCAAGGCAGUGAGGAAAGAUCCUGAAAUGAUUUGUCAGGAGUGUAUUAAACUACGAGGCAGUUUACAGAGAAGUGUUAAGAGGUUUUCUACAACUGGCUCUGCAACAGGGAAAGAGUUAUGACCACAAACAAAUAGAGAGCUACAGAAAAGACUGACUGAGUAACCAUCAUGCAUCAUGUGAACUAUUUAUAAUUAUACGCUUUGUUUUGUGUUUACCAUACCCAAACUGCAAAAUUGCUUUAAAAAAAAGUUCCAUUCCAAUUCGAA